AAACACUCGCGCGGCAACAUUUGCAAGAACCAGGCCCGUCUCUCCACACAUCCCGCAGAACUGACCACCGCAACUGAGCAAAGUACCGUCGUCACUCGUCAGUAGCAGGCUAACACUCUCAACCAGCCGCCGAUUCAAAGCACCUCAUUUUCAUUCCUCCUCUCUCCCUGGCAACUAGCAACCACAGUGGCCGCGAUUUUUAAGGCGGCGAAAAUGUUCGGAAUUCGAAUAAGGGCCACCCCUGGCUCGGCGAUUCUGCAAUCAUCUUCUUCUAGUUUUUACUCUUCUUCCAAAUCCAUGUUAUUCAACAAGGUUGCCGCUCCCAAAAACGUCAGUUUCCGACGCUUCAAUUUCUCUUCCCUCCGCUGCUUUUCUUCUUCGGCUAUGGCGACCGCCUCUGUCGAACGUAUUAAAGUCCAUAACCCUAUCGUUGAAAUGGAUGGUGAUGAAAUGACGAGAAUUAUAUGGAAAAUGAUUAAAGAUAAGCUUAUAGUUCCAUUCCUGGAUUUGGAUAUUAAAUACUAUGAUCUGGGAGUUCUCAAUCGCGAUGCAACUGAUGACAGGGUUACUGUUGAAAGUGCAGAGGCGACUCUCAAGUAUAACGUCGCAGUCAAAUGUGCCACAAUAACACCUGAUGAAACAAGAGUUAAAGAAUUUGGGCUGAAGUCCAUGUGGAGAAGUCCCAAUGGAACUAUCAGAAACAUAUUGGAUGGGACUGUUUUUCGCGAGCCAAUUAUGUGUAAGAACAUUCCUAGGAUUGUUUCUGGCUGGAAAAAGCCCAUUUGUAUUGGUAGACAUGCUUUUGGUGAUCAAUAUCGAGCCACUGAUACACUCAUCCAAGGCCCUGGAAAGCUUAAAUUGGUAUUUGUCCCAGAAGACGGAGUGAAUCCUGUGGAACUUGAUGUCCAUGACUUUAAAGGUCCUGGAGUCGCAUUGGCGAUGUAUAAUGUUGACUCGUCCAUCCGAGCUUUUGCUGAAUCAUCAAUGUCAUUGGCCUUUGCAAAGAAGUGGCCGCUUUAUUUAAGUACCAAAAAUACUAUUCUCAAGAAGUAUGAUGGCAGGUUCAAAGAUAUAUUUCAGGAGGUAUAUGAAGAGAAGUGGAAGCCGAAAUUUGAAGAACACUCGAUAUGGUACGAGCAUCGCUUGAUUGAUGAUAUGGUUGCUUAUGCAUUAAAAAGUGAAGGUGGAUAUGUUUGGGCAUGUAAGAACUAUGAUGGAGAUGUUCAGAGCGAUUUACUUGCACAAGGUUUCGGUUCUUUGGGUUUAAUGACAUCUGUGCUGUUGUCUUCUGAUGGCAAAACUUUAGAAGCGGAGGCUGCUCAUGGGACUGUGACAAGACACUUCCGUUUGCACCAGAAAGGUCAAGAAACCAGCACCAAUAGUAUUGCUUCUAUAUUUGCAUGGUCGCGUGGACUGGAACAUAGAGCAAAGCUUGAUGGAAAUCAGAGUUUGCUAAACUUUGUUCAAAUAUUGGAAAGUGCCUGCAUAGAGACGGUUGAAUCAGGGAAAAUGACUAAAGAUCUGGCUCUAUUAGUUCAUGGGGCAAAGGUUACUAGAGAGAAGUACCUAAAUACUGAAGACUUCAUUGAUUCUGUUGCUCAGAAUCUUAUUGCAAAUAUCGGAGAAUCGUCGCAUUAGAUACUGCAUUUUGGCUGAAUUGGGACAAUCACACUAUAGCAAGAGGCCAUAGCUGUUCAGUUUUAUGGCACUUGAAUUUUCUCUGUGAAAACAUUUAAUUGCAAUAAGUAGUCAUAGUGUGAGAAUAAUUUUGGUUAAAGUAAUCUUUUUCUUCUGAUAGCAUAAGUUAUGUAUGGUAAUUAAGUUAGAUUCCUUGGACAGACAUUGCAUGGAGUAGUUGGUCGAGUUUAUUCAUAUGGUUGCAGAAAAGGAAGGGCAAUAUUGCUCAUGAUUUGUCUAAAA